UGUCACUUUUCUUGUUCUUCCUCACAAACAAAACUAUAUUGUUGUACUUCCAAUUGAUCUCUGUAUUUUAUUGUUAAAAAGAAACCAUGAGGUACAUUUGCCGGACUUGCUCGCGAAUGGCCGAUCCCUCGGCAGCCAAGAACCUAUUCGAGCCGUCUAAUUCUUCCGUUUUGCGACAAAUUGAGACAUUGACCAAUUUAAAGCUAAAAGAAGACGACAAGUGGCCCAGGUUCAUGUGCCAAGAUUGCCAGCAUGACCUGCAGAUUGCCAUAGAGUUUCGCACAGCUUGUAUCGAGGCACAGGAGCUUCUCGAGCUGCAGCUGAAGCAGGUGAAACAAGAGGAAGAGGCUUUCGAGAGCCUGGCGGAGCAAUGGCUGGAUGAUUGCCCCCAAGAAUUCGCCAACCCCUCCGCGGUGCCAGAGGUUGAUGAAGACAAAGAUUCCAUAAUUGUAAAGGAGCUAAAUGAUUAUGUUGAAACGGUGUCAGCGACCACAUCCCACAAAAAUCAACUCCUUUCAGUGGACACCGAUUCUGUGGUUCCGGAUUUACUGACGGAUAGCCAGAUGUCAGAUGAGAACUUUGAACUCAUGUUCUCGCCGAAAACUAACCCUCAAAGUCGUAAAGAGAGUGAAGUCGUUGAUAACCCAGAUACCUCAAGUCACACCUGCAGCAAAUGUGGUCUGGAAUUCGACAAUCUGGACGAGCUUUCGACACACAAGUAUCACUUGCACGACGUACCACUAAAUACCAAGUUCGUUUGUGGUCACUGCAGCGAGGGCUUCCGAUCGGCAGCCGCCCUCACUAGGCACUGCAAUAUGAUUUCUCUUCCACUGACGCACGCGUGUACCAAGUGCAGCACCAAAUUCCACAGCAAAAUCCUGCUAGAAACCCACGAGGAACGAUGUCAGAAGCCGCUGGAGACGGCGCACGUGUGCCACAUCUGCGGCAAGCGGCUGACCACGGCCUUCAACCUGAAGAAUCAUCUGGUGCGCCAUGCAGGCACUCGACCGCACAAGUGCGAGCAGUGCGAUGCGUCCUUCUCAGCCGCCGCGGAGCUCAAUUCACACCGGAAAACUCAUACGUCGGAGCGUCCAUACGCCUGUCGAUACGACUGUGGGAAAACCUUCAGAUUUUGCAGCGCACGCAGCAUGCACGAGAGAAUUCACAUGGACGCUAGCAAACGUAUCUACCAGUGCGAGUAUUGCCCCAAAUCUUAUGUAACCCCAAGCGACUGCAGGACACACCAGAAGUAUCACAAUUUGACUCGUGAUUUCAGUUGCGACCCUUGCCGAACCAGCUUCAAGACCCUCAAACAUUAUAAAUCGCAUCUCAAAUCAAAUACUCACAAGACAAUUGAGGCUCGGAUCAGAGCUGCUAAAAAAUAGUAAU